UGUAUGUAAUAGGUGGAGAGGAUUCAUGGCAUGAUGUUCAAAUCUAUGAUCCAGUCUUCAAUAAAUGGAGACAAGGUGUCUCAAUGGAAACUGCUCGAGCUGAACACAGUGCAGUUGUACUACAAGAACAUAUUUAUGUCAUUGCAGGUCACAAUGGUGAGGUUUGUCAAAGCAGUGCUGAUUGUUAUAAUCCAUUAACUGACCAGUGGACUGAGAUCUCAGGUAUGUCUCAAGCACGAAGGUGUGCUGCUGCUGUGGCAGUUGGAAGAAACCUUUUUAUUGUGGGAGGAUUUGGUGACAUGACAAGAUAUACCAUAGAACCUUCCUGUGAAAUAUUUGACCCAGGAGCCAAUCAAUGGAGCCUAAUGCCCAGUCUUAGUAUUCCUCGUGCUGCAAGUGGUAUUGUGAGUACUGGAAACAAGGUUUAUUUGUUUGGAGGGGAGGAUGAGAAGCAUUGCAGGAAGGAAGUGCUAUGUUGUGAUAUAGGAGAAAAUGAAUGGUACGAAAUAUCAGUUUUACCAUCUGAAUGCUCAUUUUUGCAAGCAUCAUUGCUCAAAUUGCCUAAGGAGUUGAUAUCAUCUAAUUCUGAAAGAUAUGGAAAACUGUGAACACUUUGAUAGGAUUGAGACAGGUCAUGUGUUCAGUGACUAAUCAUAAUAAAAGUUAGGAAAUGCAAGCAAACCUCAAAACCACAAACUGAUUACAAUAGCCAUGAACAGUUAAGAUUUAUAAUUCAAUAAAUAGUUCUGGUGUUCUCAAUUUCCUGAGUUGCACUGUAAUUCCUGGUCACCAAAGGUAUCUCUCCACUUAAGUAUGGGGCAGUUGCUGAGGUUUUGUGGCCAACAAUAUGUGAAAUCAAUAGAAAAAAACUGUGAAGUUGUCUUUAAAAAAAAAGACCUACCACAGAUAAAAUAAUUUUACUCAAGGAUUCUACUGAACAUAAGAGUUGUACAAAUCUAAUACUGUGGGUCUGCCUUAUUCUACUAAAAACUUAAAAAUUAACAGACCAUACUAACAUGACAGUCAAUGCUUUUGUUGCAAUAAUUUAGCAUGAUAAUUAACAAGUUAGCAUAAUUGUCUUUUUUCUAGAGAGAUGUGUAAAAUAGGCACCAGUGAUUAGCCCUUUCUAGUAAGAGGGUUUUAUAGUAACAUCAUACAGGGGUUUGGAGAUGUUCAAUUAUUUUUGUAUGUUAUUUUUGUUGUAUUGUAUGUGCAAUCUUCUGGACAAGAGAAGAAUAACAUUAAAUCCUAGCUGUCUCUAACAAAGCUCUUCUACUAAGCCACUUUUGGCAACCUAACUUAGGCUGUCUCUUCUCACAAACUCUCAUUCUUUGUCGCCAUAGAGAAAGAUUGCUGUUUUUUUAGAACCAAUUCAGCACACAUAUGAAGUUUCAAUUUUUGUAGAAUUUCAACUAUAUGAAUUGGGUUGGAGCCCACAAGGUGUGAGGUAAUCAUAAAUGAAAGCAACAAUUGCCAAAUGUUAAACAGCACUAUGUGAUCUAAAUUUCCAUGAAUCAUUCAAUUGUUCUAUCAGGUUAAGGACUGUUUCGUGCUUCAAAAGUUUAGCUAUGACAUUUAAGUUUCAUUUGUCUUGUGUUGAACCAAUUGGCUAUUUAUUGACUUGCUGUAUAUUGUUUCAAUAGAAUCUUUCCAGAAUUUCUUUUGUUUUCAUUGCUACUGUGAAAAGCUAUUUUGGGCCAAGCCUUCUCAGUACAAGAAGUUUAAAUCCUUUGUUAACUACAUACAAAAACUAUCAGCUGCCAUUCCUGAUGUAGAGUUUAUCAUUGAUUGGCAGUGGUUGUUGCCUUAAUUUGAAGUUUCUGUCCAAGGUUAUUACAAUCUGCAGUUGGGACUUAUUCAUAUCUUUUCCUCUCUAUUGAGGCAAGAGAUAAAGGAAAAUUGGGAGUUGGCAGUUGCAUGGGAGAGAUGUUACAAGACAAAAACUACAAAUUUUUAUAAUUGGAUAACUUAGACAAUGUGGAGUAUGAUGUAUAAAGUUAUCCUGUCAUGCUUGUCAGUCUUGUAUUCAUGUAAAAAUAAAUCUCUGUAGAGUUUUCUUCACACCUCACUCAUUGGACACAGAAUGACACCAUACACUACAAAUGAUAAUUUUCCAUCAUUUUAAAUUGUAUGAGCAUUCCAUGUGUUUGCAACUGACUUCAAUUCUCAUCACUGGAAUAAUACAUUUUCAUAAACCAUGGAUCUGCCAAUUUCAUCCAUCAUUGGAAGUAGUUCCAGGGGAAUAAUAAUGUAUUUGUGGGAAUAUCUUUCAUCAGGCUGCCUGUUUCUAAAGAUUAAAUUUUUUAGAGUGA